AGGUUGUGAGGUAUUCGUCAAACAACAAAGAAGAAAUAUCAAUAUAACUUGUAAUAUUCAGUGAACAUAUAUUUAAUCCAAGUUUUUCCAGCAGUGUGACUACUGGUCACAAUGGGGGUUCCCUCAUAUACUAAAAUGUACAAAACUUAAUGAGUUAUCACGUUAAGGCGACUCCUUGGACCAUCACAGGGACCCUAUCGGAGAGGACAACAGACGCAGUUUGAUUCGUCAGGGAAAUGCAUUACAGUUGGAGCGCAAGGAUACAUGCUGUUGUUCCUGGGAUCUGACAUACAAAUGUGAUGUGUGACUCAUAGCGGACGGCGCGUGGGGAAUACCGUAUCAGCGGCUUUGGGUUACUCGCUCACUUUCGUGUUGGGGAUUUUUGACCAGACUGGAAGGAAAACCUGCAGUCUUGUGACUUUGCCAAUGUCGUGUCGUGUCUAUUAAUAUCCAUAUCCGAAGUCAAGAGGGAAGUUUCAAAACGUGGAGAAUACCUGCUCAACUUGAUAGUUAAGCAGGGAUUAUUGCCGCGAUAUCCGUUUUCGGAGGCUUCCGGGAACUGCUAUUACUCAAGAUUGUAACAACCGCUACUCACACCACGAACAUGAUCACCAUGGCGAACAUGAUGCUGAUUCUUCUGCUGAUAACUACUUCUAAAUGUUCCAAUGCUACUCAGAUUUGUGUGGAACGAAACUUAACCCAUUGCGAUCGUCAGGAGGCCAAUGGACGUUGCACGUUAUGUCAUAAGGGUUAUUACGGGCCUACAUGCUCUAGUAAGUGUAUUGGAGAAUGCGACUUUCAGUGUGAUAUCGACACUGGGUUUUGUGAACAGUGCAACGAUACAUAUUAUACAAAAAGCUGCAUGGUUAAAUGCUCAGAAACAUGUGGUGAACAACUCUGUAACAGAACUACAGGGGAAUGUACCAAUGGCUGUGAGAAAGGACAUUGCUCUGACUUUUGUAAAACACCUUGCGACGAAAGCUGCAAGGACAAAGAGUGCCACUUUAAAUCUUGUAAAUGCCAGAGAUGUAAUGACGGUUACGUUUGUAACGAAGCUGCUAAAGGGGGAAAUUGUACACAGUGCGUCAAAAACACAUCUGAUGCUCACUUGCCAACGAUAAACGACUGCAAAAAAUGUAAUACCACAGCGUUGGUUGUGAUGAUAUUGGCGAUUGUAUGUCUUGUUGGAGAAACUAUCUAUACGAAGAUAAGGAAAUGGAAACAGUCCUUGAUGAAAAGUACGCCCGAAUCAAGAAACGGGAGUGGAGAAACAGCACGACUAUCAGAAGAUUCGGAUUCACCCCUUGAACCCCAGGAAAUAGAUCCUGGCGAAUUUCCCAAUGCUUAUCCUUUUACUGGAAUCCAGGGAAGAAAUAGAUACAUUAUGACUCAACUGCCCAGCACUCGUGAACGAGAUGAUGAAUUUCUGAGGAUGAUUUGGAAAUAUGACAUCAAAGUGAUUGUUUUCAUAUCUUCUGGACAAUCGCGCAUGCUUGAUGGUUAUCUAACAGCUCCUUGGCGGAAUACCCCACGUAAUUCUCUUGUCCUAACAGCUGAGAGUGGAGAUAACUCUGACGAUUGGACUUUAGGGUUUUCAGAGAAUGGCAUGAGGAAAACAGCCCAUCUGUACCACCAUCCUAAUUGGUUUGACAAACAAGGUUUCUGCAAGUUCAUGCGCAGAAUCAGAGGAGACCAAAAUUUCCAUAAAAAGCAAAUUGUAGUUUGCUCAAGCGAGGGCGAUGGCCCAUAUUUUGUUUACUGCGCUCUGGAUUGCAUGUUGGAUAAAGAAGAUGAUCUGGAUGAAUGUAUAAAACGUCUUGAACGUCAGAAUAUAUCAAAGGUUUCCAAAAAGAAAAACAUGCAAAGACUGAAGGCGUGUUGGGAAUAUGUUUCACAGACCAGCCCGACACACUUCCAAAGAACCUUAAGUGCAAAUCCCCGCUCAUGCUACAUGUAUAUAGAUGUAUGUGUGUCAACAAUUGCCUUUGUCGUCAUCAUAAUCUGCAUCAUUAUCAUUAUGAUACCUUCACUUUGACAAUCUACUGUUCCAAGUGUGCCAUAUGGAACCUGGAUGAAUGGCAAUAUGUGCCAAUUUUGAACAAUCGAUUACCAUCUGUUGAUUUUUUAAAAUGAUAUGUAAAAUAUACAUCUUAAAUCCCUUUUGCGUUUCUUUCUUGCAGAGUAUAUUAGGAAAAACUUUCAUUAUCGGAAGUGAAUACCAUUUCAUGAUAGAAUGUGGUUAGUUAUUCACCCUUUUGGUGAAUGUAUGAUUUCAUUCAUUUGUGUAAAGAAUGUUUGUGUUUUUUUGUGUUGUGUCUUAAUACAUUUCAGACAGUAUGUUUUAUCCCCCUUCACGAAAUGGGUCGGGGGAUAUAGGAGGGAGUUCGUCAGUCCGCCCGUCAUUCCGUCUGCUUCUCAAAGGGGACACAUUUUCUCAAAAACUAUUUAAGUUAGAGAACUGAAAUUUUACACACUGAUAUUACUGGUCAUGAUCUUAAAUGAGUUCGAAAUUGGUGUCUUAAAUUCAUAAAGAUCCUUUUAACAGAGUAAUGGCCCUGGCUCCAUGCUUUUCUUAGUGCAUAGUGUCUGCAAUGAAGAUAAUUUUCUCUCAGAAAGUACGAAAGUUACAUGAAUGAAACGUUGUAUGCUUAUCUGAGAGAUGCUUGUCAAGACUGACUUCAAAAAAUGGUACCAUAAAUUAGUUUUUUACAGAGUUAUUGCCCUUGCUCCGUGUUUUCAACUUGGUGCAUACUGCGUGAAAUGGGGAUAGCUUUUCACAGAAACUACUAAAGUUACAUGCAUGAAAGUUUUCAUGCUUAUGUAAGAGAUACUUGUCAAGACUGAGAUCGAAACUUGGUGCCUUAAGUUAUAAUUUUCCAGAGUUACAUCCCUUGCUACAUUGUUUUAGAUUUUGUGCAUACACAGUUACGGCCCCUGAUCCAUGUAAUCGUCUUCUAUUUAGUACAUAGUGUCUGCUAUGGGGAAGAUCAAUGAGUGUCUCAUGACAUAAAGCCAGCCCAGUGCCUGUCCUCUUCUUAAGGAUAAUUACACAGGACUCUUUGUUUUUAUAGCCAACAUUAAUCAUUGUUCCCAUAGUUUCAUACCCUGUACGUCUCAUUAAGUAUAGAGUUAUGUAAGAAUGAUACAUCAGUUACAUGAAGUCAGUUAUUUGUCAUGGCUACGCGAUAUAACAGUAUGAACAAGUCAAUUUUGGGUCACAUUUUCAAGUUGGGGGCACUCGAGUUGGUGUCUAUUGGGCAUGUCAGAACUUCGUGAGUUCGAAUCCCGACUGGUCAUUAUUAUUUUUCUAGCUAUAGAUUCGUCAGCACCAUACCUGUGGUCGUUGGUUUCACCAAAGUUGUGAACAUUUAAGACCUACAUCAUUUCGGGCUGUCUUUUUACAUCAAGCUGACACGCUGUGAUAUAACUGAAAUACGUCUCAAAGUGGUGUUAAACCCGACUCCCUCACUCACGGACUAUUUGUGUGAAGACAUGUCCAUUCCAUUUCUGUAACAGACUCCAAAGCUACAUACAAAUGCGAACAAAGAGAGAAACAUUACUGGGUCACCACCACCAUAUCCCUGUCUCGGCUUAAACGUCAAAACCCUCUCAAUUAUCGUGGGAGUUCUUUGUAGGAUUAAGACAAUAUGAUCAACAUGUGUUUAUGAAUUACAACCAAAUAGUCAUGCUACCAGGUGUUCGGGGAAGGGUUUGCCUUUCCUGCGAGUGCCCUUUUUGUCCUGAACGUUUGAAGAAGAAAAAUGAAAUGAUGAGAUAUUUUCAUGAUUAUGGAAAGACCUUCGUCGCUAGAAUUUAUAUCAAUAUGAAAUGAAAAUGAUUAUUGCAUAAUAAAAUAUAUUUUCACAUA